AUGACAGAUUAUAGAUCAACUAUUAAGAUAGGCUCACUCAAUUGUCGAAGUCUCAGUAAGCUCUCCAACCCAACCACCAGUUCCGAAUUUGUACGAUCCCUUCGCAAUCCUGAACUGAAAUAUGGCAUUCUAUGCUUCCAAGAAACCCAUGCUACCGAAUCAGUCCGUGAACGACUGAAUAUGCAUUUUCAAACCAACACCAGCAUCUGGACAUCCCACUGCGGUAUUGUCUCUCUCAACCCAAAAAUCAUCAUCCAACCGCUCAACUUUAUCCUUGAUGACCGGAUUAUCGUGUGUCAGGUAACACACUGUAAUGCACUCUUUUCACCCAUCACACUCGUUAAUAUUUAUGCUCCUGCCACGGCGUCGUCCAGAGCCCACUUUUAUUCACAACUGCUUACCAUUCCACUCUUUCACCCCGAUACCUGGGCUCUGGACACCUUUCCCAUCACCAUUGACAUCCAACCACCUCCAAUAUCUACCGAGGAACCUUCCACGAUUACAGUGGAUCGUGAAUCUCUGAUUAUACUAGGUGACUUUAAUUAUCAUGCUACCUCUUAUGCCAUUGACAAUACCAACUAUACUACUGAUUCUUUCUCUCCCCCUAUACAGUCAGAUCAACCCCACCACCACUCUGCCAUGCUGGCUCAACACCGCUGGCAUGACUUACUCAGCAAUCACCUCAUCGAAUGUACCCACUCUAAGCAUGACGGGCCACUUUUACCAACAUUCCGUCGCGGGAUCUCACGGUCGACCAUCGAUUAUGUCUACUGCUCACCAACGCUAUUUCAACAACUACACUCGUCCUCCAUUGAUUUCAUGUGCUCCCAGUGGACUGAUCAUGCCAUCCUCAAUACCGCCUUUCAAUUCUCCUCCUCUCAACAGGGUACUGGGCUUUGGCGAGCUAAUCCCCAGCUAGCAAAGAACGAGUACUUCGUCACCGAAAUUCACCAGGCGUUAGAUCAGUUCUUCCAGGAACCAGGUACUUCCCCUCAAGCACAAUGGGAUGCACUCAAGGCCGUAGUGAAAACCAUUGCCCGUCGCAUUGGUCGCCGCCACAGCUCUUGGCGCAACCGACAACUCAUACGGUUUCAAGGGAAACGCAACCAGUUGUUCAAACGAUAUCAGAAUCAACCAACCAUUCUCCGAGAACGAUUACCCGUUAUCGAGAAACUCAUCAGCGAUCUGCAACAGGAGAUCUCCAUCCAACAAACCAUUCGUGCGGGUAAAAUGUGGCGUGAACAGGGUGAAACGUCUGCCGGAUACCUCAAACGCACAAUCGCCACUAGACAAAUUCAACGCACCAUGUUAGCUCUCCAACAUCCAGACACCCACUCCAUCUGCGAUACGGCAGAGACUAUGCAGGAUGCUGCAGUAUGUUUUUAUCGUAAACUAUAUACCACUGACCCCAUAGAUUAUACCAGCAUCUCUGAACUCUGCAACACCAUCCCUGCCUCAGCACAGAUCCCAGUAAACAGCCAACCCACCUUGGAGACGCCAUUUACCAUCGACGAGAUUAUGACUGGUGCACAGCGGUCGCCCAACCAUAGCAGCCCAGGUACGGAUGGCCAACCCUAUGAAAUCCUAGCGGUGCUAUUAUCCCACCAACAAACAGCCCAACUUGCCCAUGCCGUCUUCAAGGAGGCUCUUACCCUCGGUAUCUUUCCCGACAGCUGGCUCACUACUUGCAUGUGCCUGCUCCCAAAAAAGGGCGAUCUCACAGACCUGAGGAAUUUUCGUCCCAUCUCGUUAAUCAACUGCGAUGCCAAAAUCUUCACACGCCUGCUCAACCAGCGUCUGAUACCACAUAUGCAACAAUUAAUCAGCCCCCAACAACUUGGAUUCAUGCCGAACCGCUUCAUUGGCGAGCACGGCUUCACAUUACAGACCACCAAACUCCUAGCUACUACCAACCACUCAUCCACCAUUGCUCUUCUUUUGGAUCAAGAAAAAGCAUAUGAUCGUAUUCAUCCCAAAUAUCUUCAACACAUUAUGCUCCAAUUUGGUAUUCCACAAUCAUUAACACACUGUAUCAUCUCACCUUUCUUCUCCACUAACAUUCAGAUCAACAUUAACGGCCACAUCACCACGGCACCUCUUUCUCAAGAAAGAGGCCUUUGCCAAGGUGAUCCACUCAGUCCCCUCCUUUUCAACAUUGCUUUUGACCCUUUCCUCCGCUCCAUUCAACAGAACCCUACUUUUGAGGGUUUCCAUGUACAACAAGAAGCCCCACCACAUCCAUCACCUACUGUUGACAUAGACGAUCUAACCGAAAGCCUCACCAACGCAUCCUCUCCGCCAGCCUCCCCUUGCAACACUCCUUCAGUCUCUCCCACCCAUCGCAAUCCAAUUAAGUACAAAAUUCUAGCCUAUGCAGAUGACACAUUAGUCUAUUUGAAGAACUUUUCGGAUUUUCUUCUUCUGAAGGACUCUAUCAAUACAUACAAGAAAGCAUCGAAUGCACUACUAAAUUACAGGAAAACUAUAGCCAUUUCGCUCUCUGGACAACCACAACCAGAUUGGCGCGAGUUUCUUGCUACACACCAAAUCCACCAAAUGCAUGACCGCAUCUCUCCUGAUCCAGUAACAUAUCUUGGCUAUCCCAUAUGCUCCAGUUUAUCCCAACGCAACCUCGCUUUCCAGCAAUCCUACAACAAUAUCCAACAAUGCAUCCAUAUUCACUCCCAACGGAACCUCUCCAUUGGUGGAAGAGCUACCGUUCUCAACACACUUAUUUUCUCGAAACUCUGGCAUGUCAUGCGCAACUUUAUUUUCACCAGAGCUCAAUUACUCUCCUUACGCAGACUUGGGUCCUCCUUCAUUAACUUUCGCAUCUUCCCCAAACUAUCCUUUAGAACCCUUCAACAGCCUCGCCAUCAUGGCGGCCUCCAAGUUUUAGAUCCCAUUGUCCAACAACAAGCUCUCCAAUGGCGCUGGAUUUGCCCCCUCAUUUUGGCCGCCUGUCAUUCACCACUAUUACCGACAUACACCACCCCAAGCAUUCCACUCCUCCAGUACACCCUGCAAUGGUAUUUCCACUCUACCGCUUUCUCUGAGUACUUUUAA